AUGAUCCUGCAAGCUCCUCCACAACUUCUCCUAUCUUAUGUUCGGACGAAAGAUGUUCUCCAAAAUCCAACUAAUGUUCAGAUAACCAAUGCACCUACGAUCUCUACUAUGGAGAUGGUAGUGGAACAUCAGCUUUCAUCUCAAGGGAUUGCACCCAAUUCCUUUUCACGUUGUCCGUCUGGUGGUGAUGGAGGUAUGAUUUUGGUUUUUGGUACACCCAUCAUGCCCGAUCUAGUCUUCACUCCACUUGUGAAAUCAACUGUUGAUUCAUUGGUAGCUGAUAUAGCGGAAGAAAUGCCAGUUUCCCUUUUUGUACGACCAAUGGUUUCUUCGACAUUAUUGUGUCUCGUGUUGUUGCAUGUUGUUAGUGUUCUUGGGUUUCCGGUGACUCUAAAGCUGGAAAGAUCGGUUCCCACCAACCAUGGUGUUGAGUUGAAACAACAUACGGAAAAAGAUGGUUUAAGACACCGUAGAAUACUACACAAGUAUUUUGAUCCAAAUUUGGUUGUUGGAUUUGGAGUAUUAGGAAAGUACUAUCCUUUUGAUGUUCGGAUUCUAUUUGUCAAUAACCGUAUUGCAUUAGGUUUCUUUCAUGAUUAG